AUGACCGGCUUUGAUUUCUCCAACUACAACCGCAACGCGGCCCUCCAUGCCAGGGGUGUCCCUCUGCCCAAGGCUACAAGCACAGGUACCACGAUUGUGGGCUGCAUCUACGAUAAUGGCGUGGUGAUCGCCGCCGACACCAGAGCUACGAGCGGUCCCAUCGUCGCCGACAAGAACUGCGAGAAGCUGCACUACAUCGCGCCCAAGAUCUGGUGUGCCGGAGCCGGUACCGCGGCCGACACUGAAUUCACCACCGCCCUCAUCAGCUCUAACAUCGAACUGCACUCCCUGUCGACGGGCCGGCCCCCACGAGUAAUCACCUGCAUGACGAUGCUGAAGCAACACCUCUUCCGCUACCAGGGCCACAUCGGCGCGUACCUCGUCGUGGCCGGCGUCGACCCGACCGGCAUCGGCCUCUACACCGUGCACGCCCACGGUUCGACAGAUAAGCUGCCCUACGUGACCAUGGGCUCCGGUUCGCUGGCCGCCAUGUCGGUCUUCGAGUCCACGUGGAAGCCAAACCUCGACCGCGCCGGCGCCAUCGCCCUGUGCGCUGAGGCCAUCAAGGCCGGUAUCUUCAACGAUCUCGGAUCCGGUAGCAACGUCGACGUCUGCGUCAUCGAGAAGGACAAGCCCACCCAGCUGCUGCGCAACUACAUGCGUCCCAACGAGCGUGGCCAGAAGGAGCGUGACUACCGCUUCCCUCAGGGCACGACGGCUUACCUCAACCAGAAGAUCAUGAGCAAGGAGGACAUGCGGAAGUAUGUCACAAUCGAGGAGGCUUCUGGGGAUCCCAACCUCAUGGAGGUCGACUCGUGA